GACAAAAUCUCUCUCUUCCUUUGUCUCUCUCAAUCUCUCUGUGUUGUUGAAAGAAAAGAUGUCGACGAGAAUGAGAUCUUCUUACCUGAAACCACCUCUUCCCAAAUCGCCCCUCCGUCUCCGAUCACGCCAAGUCCUCUCCAGCUCCUCUUCAUCGAUUCUCCAAACACCACCAGGCCUCACGAAGUUCCAGAAACGGAACGUUGCAGCGGAUCUGGAACCUAACCUCCCGAUCGAGUACUCAUCGAUCUCGAGCGAGAUACACGCGAUGGCGAAGAUGGUGGAGAAAGAGUUCGCUCAAGAAGAAGUGAAAUCCAGAGCUGCGAGUCUGGAGCAUAUGGCUGCGAACUCGGAGGCGGCUCCUGUGUUCGAGAGAGGGAGGUUCUACGAUGAGUACUCAGCCAGGAGGAACGAGAGGCUGAGGAGGAAGAAAGGAGGGGAAGAUUCUGUGGUGAAAGGAACUCCUUACAAUCUCGGAGUUGAGCCUGUGACGACUAAGAGAAGAGGAACCGUUAAGAAGAAGACCACGACUGUUUUCUCCAUGUCCGAGACGACGGCGGUGGCGCCGAGGUAUUCUCUGAGGAGUAUGAAGAAGGAGAACAAGAAGCCGCCUCCGAUUCCUUUGAAUGUUGAUGUUAGUGCGAUGAAGAGUGUCACUGCUACUACCAGGAGGGUUAGGAGGAUCUGAUGUUGGUGUGCGGUGGUUCCUUCUGUUGUGGUGAAAUUGAAAUUUGAGGUUUUGAUUUCUGCAACUCUGUUCUAGUAUUGUUGUUGUCUUGCUGGAUGAUUAUUUGGAUAUUGAAAGUUCUUUUGCUUUGUUUAUUAAUACAUUCAGAUAAGCUUUUUAUCUAUCAAAUGCACUUUUUGGGUA